UGUGGUGGCCGCUUGGGGGACUUCAACAGAACCUACUUUCUCGCUGGCACCCAGUUUUGGGGUGUGGGGUUGCAGAGGGGUGGAGCUGUCCUUCCAAGGAAGGUCUUACCAACCCAGUGCCAAGGAAGGAAGGCGACUGGGUUUCCUCUGAGCUGGUGAAAAGGAGCCGAAGAGUUAACAUCUCCGACUGUGGUCCCUCGUAAACAUUGUUGUUGGCUCGGUGCCCACCCACCCCCUACCCCCACCCCGCUGCCCAGUGGACUGCUUUCAAUUAGCCGUAGGUCCCUGUGUUCACGGUGGGUGCCGUGCUCUAUCCCCGGCUGGUCUCUUCGUUUGCUCACUCAUUCGUUUGUUCAUUCACUGGGAGACAUGGUCCUGGAUUGGCACCUCUGGCACCUCCUGAUUGCCAUGGUCUUCCUGCUCAGCUGGUGUCACCUGCCAGGGGAUUCCCAGCGACUCAAGGUCUUCUUUACUCCCAUGGUCUGCCGUGUGCAUUGCAAUGGAGGGCGUUGCACUAACCACUGUGAGCAGGGCAAUGCUACCACCUUGUACAGUGGGGAGAACGGACCACCAGCUGAGGGAGGCCCUGGAUUCCGCGUCUUCCUGUGUCCCCUCAUCUGCCAAAAUGGAGGAGUCUGUCUCAAGAAGGACAAGUGCCUUUGCCCUCCCAACUGGACCGGCAAGUUCUGUCACAUCCCGGCCCUUCCGCAUUCCCAUGGACAACCCCACAUGCGCCGAGAGACUGAUGCGCAGUCGGAUGGGAGAGCGCAGUCCGUCACCAAGUCUGUGUACACCCUCCCCAUUGCCAACCACCAUGAAGAGCGUGAUGGUGUGGCAUCAAUGGCGAAUGUCCAUGUAGAGCAUCCUCUCGAGGCCUCGGUCGUCGUCCACCAGGUGGAGAGGGUCAGCGAGGGACGGCCAGGGGACACCAAUGCCCUCCCGCUUUCCCGCCCGGCCCUCUACAGCAUAUUGGCCCAGAGCAGUCCUCGGGAGCCUGGCGAGGGAUACAGCGAGAACUCUGGCUUUGGCUACUGCUUCAGGCAGCUCAGUGGCGGAGAGUGCAGCUCCCCAUUGCCUGGCUUGCGCACCCGUGAGAUCUGCUGCCGUGGGGCUGGCCUCGCUUGGGGCGUCCAUGACUGUCUGCCUUGCAACAAUGGUGGCCAAGGAGCCUCUAGUCCAGUGGGGAGGAACGAAGUGGCCUGCCCCAAAGGCUUCCGGCGGCUGAAUGGUUCCUGCAUUGAUGUAGAUGAGUGCCAAGAGGGCAGCUUUUGCCAAAAUGGAGACUGCACCAACACGCGUGGCAGCUUCACCUGUGUUUGCCAUGAGGGCUACAUCCUCGACUCAUCUCGCAGCAGCUGCAUCUCCCAUCACGUGAUCUCUGAGGCCAAGGGUCCUUGCUUCCGGGUCCUACGAGAUGGCGGGUGCUCCCUGCCCAUCCUGCGUAACAUCACCAAGCAGAUCUGCUGCUGCAGCCGAGUGGGCAAGGCCUGGGGGCACGGCUGUGAACGCUGCCCGGCUUUUGGCUCAGAUGGAUUCAAGGAGAUCUGCCCAGCUGGGCCUGGCUAUCACUAUUCAGCCUCUGACCUCCGUUACGACACUCGUUUCCUCGGCCAAGAUCUCCCUCGAGUGCCAAUCAGCCGCCAGCAACCAGGACGGGAACCUGCUAUCAGACUGCCUCGGACGACAACAGCACCAGCCAUCAUUCGCUGGACUCCCUUGCCUACUUCCCUGCAGGGCCGCCAGCCUCCCUGGCCUGUGCCCACUGUGCCAGCUGUACCCCCCGAGCCUUCUGUGCCAGUGGCCGGCCAAGGUGUGUGCGAGAGACGUCCCCAGGUGUGCGGUCCAGGGCGUUGUAUCCCUCGCCAGGGUGGCUACACUUGUGUCUGUGAGCGUGGCUAUUGGCUGAGCCCUCAAGGCACCCACUGCGUCGAUGUGGAUGAAUGUCGACGCAGCCCUCGUCCCUGUGCUGGUGGCCGCUGUGAGAAUUCAGUGGGCAGCUUCAGCUGCAGGUGCCGGGCCGGCUACCAGGCUGACCCAUCUGGCUCAGAGUGCCAUGACAUUGAUGAGUGUGCCAAAACACCUCCACCCUGUGCCAAUGGACGCUGUUACAACACACCUGGCUCUUUUAGCUGCUCCUGCCCCAGUGGCUACCAACUUGAUCCAGUUGGCUUUGAAUGCCGAGAUAUUGAUGAAUGCACCCAGAGUCCCCCGCCAUGUGCUCGUGGGCGCUGCCAUAAUUCACCAGGCUCUUACCGCUGUGCCUGCCCUACAGGCUACCAACCCGGCCCCACUGGAACAGAAUGUUUGGAUGUGGAUGAAUGCCGGGAGAGCCCUCCCAUUUGCCAGCCAGGCCGCUGCGAGAAUGCACCAGGCGGGUACCGCUGCACUUGCCCGAUUGGGUAUCAGCCCAGUCCACAAGGGACACAGUGUGUUGAUGUGGAUGAAUGCCAACAGACCCCUCCGCCGUGUGGCACUGGGCGCUGUGAGAAUGUGCCUGGUGGCUAUCGCUGCCUCUGCCCUACUGGAUUCCGGGCCAGCCUUACUGAGAACCAGUGCUUGGACAUUGACGAGUGUUCGACGGGAACACCCUGUGGCCCCCAGGGACGCUGCUUCAAUACGGAGGGCUCUUUCCGCUGCCAGUGCAACCGGGGCUAUCGGACAGAGGGGACAGGCACAUCCUGUGUGGAUAUUAAUGAAUGCCUGGAGGGAGACUUUUGCUUCCCGCGGGGAGAAUGCCUCAACACGGAGGGCUCUUACACCUGCCUAUGUUCCCAGGGAUUCACUAUCUCUUCCAAUGGGGCUUCCUGUGUGGACAUCGAUGAAUGCCAGAGUGGCACCGCAUGUACUGGUGGGCACUGUGCCAACACUGAGGGCUCUUUCGAUUGCUACUGCCCCCCUGGCACCCGCAGCAGCUCCAACAAGGCUUCUUGUGAAGAUAUUGAUGAAUGCCAAGAGUAUGGGGCAGCCCUUUGUGGGGCGCAGCGCUGUGAGAACUCUGUCGGCUCUUAUCGUUGUGUGGCCCAGUGCCCAACAGGCUAUCGAACUGGUGCUACAGGAGACUGCAAUGACAUCAACGAAUGCCAGGAAUAUGGGGCUGCCCUAUGUGGGGAGAAACGUUGUGAGAACACUCUGGGCUCUUACCACUGUGUGGCUAGUUGCCAGACUGGGUACCAAGCCACAGCUGCUGGGGACUGCAUAGAUGUGGAUGAGUGCAGGAACACUUCUGCAUGUGGGGCCCAUGCUGUCUGCCAGAAUCUGCCAGGUUCCUUCCAGUGCAUCUGUGACCAAGGUUAUGACAGCACCAGGGACGGGCGGAACUGCCUAGACACCAAUGAGUGUGAGACAAUGCAAGGGGUGUGUGGAGCUGCACCAUGCGAGAACGUGGAAGGCUCCUUCCUCUGCAUUUGUCCUCGGGCUGGAGAAGAAUUUGACCCUAUGACUGGACGCUGUGUUGCUUUGCCGGGUGCUGCACGUCCCCCAGCCAUACCCAGGCGCCCCGAAGCUUCGCGGCCUGAGUCCCGUCCCUCCGCACCUGGUGACAGCCUUCGCCGCGAGUGCUACUACGACCCCGAUGCAGCACAAGCUUGCGAAAAUGUCUUGUCUUGGAACGCCACACGCCAAGAGUGUUGCUGCAGCCUUGGCCAUGGCUGGGGUAUUGACUGCCUCAUCCAGGUGUGCCCUUCCCCAGGGACAGUGGAAUUCCAAGCCUUGUGCCCUCAUGGUAAAGGCUAUGCUGCCCCCAUUGCUGGAAGUGCUGUUGCAGAUGUAGAUGAGUGCACGCUCUUUAACACUCAGGUUUGCAAAGGUGGUGUCUGCGUAAACAAGAGCCCUGGUUACUCCUGCUAUUGCCCCAAUGGCUACUACUAUGAAAUGCAACACCUAGAGUGCAUUGAUAAUGAUGAAUGUCUUGAUGAGGAGGCCGAGCCUUGCAUAGGAGGGCGUUGCAUCAACACCAUUGGGUCCUACUACUGCUCCUGUGCCGCCCCACUCAUUCUUGAUGCCUCCCAGCACCGUUGUGUCACCAACGAGAGCCAAAGCUUGGAUGACAACCUGGCUGUGUGCUGGCAGGAAGUGGGGCCUGACCUGGUGUGCAGCCGACCUCACCUGGAACGCCAGGUCACCUACACAGAGUGCUGCUGCCUAUAUGGGGAAGCCUGGAGCAUGGAUUGUGCGCUAUGUCCUGCUCGUGACUCAGAUGACUUUGAAGCCCUAUGCAAUGUCCUCCGGCCCCCUAGCUAUGGGCCCGUGCCUCCAGGAGGCCUGGGGCUUCCCUUCGAGUAUGGCGGUGGCGACUUCUUGCCCUACGGCCCCGAGAUCUUCGCCCCUCCACCUCGCCCUCCUCCUCGACUUCCUGAUUAUGACCCUUUCCCCCGAGACUCUCUCUAUGGCCCCUCGCCCUACGAGGCCACAGACUUCGAAGACCUUCCUUAUGGCAGUCGGCAUCGAGAGGAACCACCAGAGCACACUCGGGGGGGAUACCGGCCCCGCAGCCCCCCUGAGGCAGAAUUGUACUAUCCACCACGUAGCGGUGGGGGUUCCUAUCCUGAACGUCCAGGCCGUGCCAGUGAAGACUAUGGUCCCUUUGAAAGCUUUGGAGGCCUUCAAUCUGAGGAGUGUGGCAUCCUGAGUGGCUGCGAAAAUGGCCACUGUGUUCGCGUAGCAGAUGGCUUCACCUGUGACUGUUAUGAGGGCUACCGUUUGGACCCAACUCGAAUGAUCUGCACAGAUGUUGAUGAAUGCAGUGAGAUGGAAGGGCUCUGCCCCGGCGGUCGCUGCCUCAACAUGGACGGCUCCUACCGCUGUUUGUGCCCCGCCGGCACGGUGCCCACCGGCCAGCCUCCUCGCUGCACCCCUGCCUCUCGCAGUCGUGCCUGAGCCGAGCUGCUGCAAUGGCCGGCCAAAUAUUUAUUACUUGUAUAGAGUGGGGGAUGGGGGAGGGAAAGGGAGGGUUUCUUAGAAAGGAGGGGCGUGUUGGCAAUUCCUUGGAUCUCCUCCUCUGCUCGUGUGGGAGAACCCAGAACUGCCACACGAAGGAAGAAACUAGCUGGGUUGUUGUAGGUUGUUUCGGGCUAUGUGGCCAUGUUCUAGAGGCAUUCUCUCCUGACGUUUCGCCUGCAUCGAUGGCAAGCAUCCUCAGAGGUAGUGAGGUCUGUUGGAACUAGGAAAAUGGGUUUAUAUAUCUGUGGAAUGACCAAGGUGGGACAAAGGACUCUUAUCUGUUGGAGCUAGGUGUGAAUGUUUCAACUGACCACCUUGAUUAGCAUUUGAUGGCCUGGAAAUGCCUGGGGCAAUCUUUUGUUGAGAGGUGAUUAGAUGUCCCAGAUUGU